UGGAGUCUGAUACUAUUACCAAAGAUAGAAGGGCAUCGUCGCUCCAGUUAUCCUGAAUAGCCGCAUAAUGCAGCGAGCUGGCAGAAUGCGCGACCUUUUGUGUUUUUGCCUCGUUUUUAUUGCCUGCGCAUCAAUCACAGUGGCUUCCUCUCCUGCAUCAUUCUGCAAGUGUACCUGUUUUUCCAAUAGCACUAUAAUCCCUCUUGACCCCGACAAACCCAAUUCCGUGUCUACACAAGGCGGUGUCUUUCACCUUCGAAGUCGCGACGAUGCCUCAACUUUAUUGACUGGGCGAGCAAAGAAUUACCGAUCUCUGAGUUGUAAUGACUGCAAUCGGAAGUUCUGUUUGGAUUAUGACUUGCCCACCUGCAAAGGAGCAAAGGAGGAGGAUGUCUUUACCACCUGUUUUCAACGAGACUCUAGAAAAGAUCAAGCCAUUGUGUUCAUAUUCAUCAUUGCAACGGGUAGUCUUCUGGCCUGGGCAAUUAUGAAACCUUGGGUAGGGAAGUGGUUGGAGAUUGCAAGAGAGCGAAGAUCAUAUUUACCUGUGUCGGGUAACGAAGGUCGCUAGCUGGCUCGGUGUCGCCCGCCUGCACCAGGUGAUCGGGCGUUUCACAUUGGGCGCCAAGCAUGUUACCAUAACAUCCUACAAGGUUCGCGCCAACCGGAUAGUCUCUCACUGUGACAUAGGAUAGCACACUACCUUGGGGAUCGCUACGCAAAGUCUUCUUGGCUGAUUGGCUGCGCUUUUGCUAUCUAAUUACCAUUCACAGAUGCUUCGACAGGAAGUCAAGUAGCAACGGCGCAAAAAUGGAGCCUUGGCGCUUCUGCCCUCUCGUAAGUAUACAGUCCACCUUAACUUUGUACCCUGAGUAGAAUGAAUCAGUGUCAAUCACUAAGCUGGCAUCGCCACCAGGCCUGGGCUUUUCUGGAGCUUACCAAAGCCACAUUACCAGGACGUUCGCG